AUGACUGCCACCCACCCAGAAGCCUUCUUGCUCCUGACGCUGGAGAACGCGACGGUCAGAACGCCGACGAACGUCUUGACCGGCGUGCUUGGCCUGCAGUGCGUAACCGUCACGAUCGACAACGAUCGGACUGCGGCGCCCGCCCACGACGUGUUUCUUGUCCUGCAGCUCAACGGCUUUGAAACGCCCAUCGAUCCCGCUCGGACGAUAACCCACGAACGCUCAGAGAACGGCACAAGGACAUAUACAUUCCACCGCACGGAGUUCGAUAAUACCCAGUUGGUGAUCAGCAUUACUCCACCGGAGAAGGACCAGGCUUUUGUCGAAGACUUGGAAACCUUUGAAGGGAUCUUGGCGCAGUACGCCGAUUUCCGGGGAUAUACCGCCAGUGCGACGUCAGUGAACGCUAGGCCGUCGUCGAUUCCACCGCCAUAUAGGACGGACUACUCGGAUGUUGGUACCGCAAUUCCAGGCAGCCAUGGGGACCUGAGGGGGCACUUGAUUUUGGUGAAUGAAGACAAUGGAGAGGUCGUGGGGGAGUUCGAUCGCCAGUUUGCUGUGAAGGAAGACCCCCAGCUCCGGGAGAAGGGCCACGAAAACGACCCCGUGUACAUCGAAGUUCCAGAUCAAACGCUGCAAGACGAGGACGCGAAUGCGAGGGAGCUGUUCGCCCGCGCUGUUCCUCCUGAUCAGGAGAAUUGGAUCACCAAAUCGGCGACUGUCAUUAGCCAUACGAUAUCUGCUACAACAAAUCUUCUGCUCACCACCGUCACCGCCGCCUCCAACUACUACAUCAACCAUUCAACACCAUCCCCACAUGCUUCCUCUUCCGCACUCAAUCGCACCACUCCUGGUUCCGCGACUGAGCUACCACCACCGCCCCCUCGCGCUCUCGUCUUCCUGACGUCGGAGAGCACGCGCAAAGGUCUAUCAACUGUCCACGCCAUCACAGGCCAGGCGGUCCAAGUCAGCACCAAGACUGUCAGUGUAAUAAAUGAUUUCGUCCGAAGAGCCGUCGGCGGCAAGCCCAAGUCGAAGGAAUCCCGAUUGUAUACCUACGCAAACAAGAACCAGGCCACACCGUUUGGCAGUCCCAUCGCAAGCCCUAGUCCCGUGCCCGCUAAUACACUCCUCUCCCCCACAGCCGUCUCGCGGGACGGCAAGCCCCCUCUCCCCCCUCGUCGAUCCCCCUCCCCUUCAAUACCCUCUUUGAAUGGGCCCCCGUUGCCCCCGCGCGGGCCAUCCCCUGCAAAUCAACCAUUGUCAAACACAGCGAGACUCAUUCUGUCUGCCGAUCUCAUCCUGGCGACGCUGGAUCACUCGACCAGGCAGGUAUUGGACACCGGCACAGAACGUUUUGGCGCCGUCAUGGGCCACAAAUAUGGUCCUGAGGCGAAGGAGAGCUCUCUCAUGUUCGCGGGGUCUGCGCGGAAUGUGGCUCUGGUUUACGUUGAUAUGAGGGGCAUCGGAAGGAAAGCGAUUCUGAAGCAGGCCGGGAUGCAAUUCGUGAAAGCGCGUGUUCAUAAAUGA